CCUAAACGAGAAAAGGGAGGAAAAUAUUUCUAGGGUUCUUGGCCGAUUUGCGGCCAUGUCGUGGUGCACGAUUGAAUCCGACCCAGGCGUUUUCACGGAGCUCAUCCAGCAAAUGCAAGUCAAGGGCGUCCAGGUGGAGGAGCUCUACAGCUUGGAUUUGGAAGCGCUCUCGUUGCUCCGGCCUGUCUAUGGACUAAUCUUUCUCUUCAAAUGGAGGCCUGGAGAGAAAGAUACUCGGCCCACUGUGAAGGACAACAAAUCGAUUUUUUUCGCGAGCCAGGUUAUAAACAACGCUUGCGCUACUCAAGCAAUACUUUCGAUCCUGAUGAACAGAGUGGAGAUCGACAUUGGUCCCGAGCUUUCGAUGAUGCGAGAGUUCGCCAAGGAUUUCCCUCCGGAGCUCAAGGGCCUGACCAUCAACAACAGCGAGGCCAUUCGCACUGCUCACAACAGCUUUGCGAGGCCGGAGCCUUUUGUUCCCGACGAGCAAAAGUUUGCGGACAAAGACGACGACGUCUAUCACUUCAUCAGCUAUCUCCCGGUGGACGGUGUUUUGUACGAGCUGGACGGACUCAAGGAAGGGCCGAUCAGUCUGGGCGAGUGUGGCAGUGGAGACGCUGAUAGCAUGGAGUGGCUCAAGAUGGUCCAGCCAGUGAUCCAAGAGAGGAUCGAGAAGUACUCCAAGAGCGAGAUCCGCUUCAACCUCAUGGCCGUGAUCAAGAACAGGAAGGAUCUCUACAACCAGCAGCUGGCGGAGCUCGACAGGCGGAAAAACGAGAUAAGUGGCGACGACGGCAUGGACGUCGACUCCAAGAGCGGCAGCGGCAACGAGGAGCUGGCACAGAUCGACGCGGAGAUCGCUCGACUGACCGAGAAGAUCACUCAAGAGGAUGAAAAGUUCAAGAAGUGGAAGACUGAGAACAUCCGGAGGAAGCACAACUACAUCCCCUUCCUCUUCAACUUCCUCAAGAUCCUGGCAGAGAAGAAGCAGCUCAAGCCGCUGAUUGAAAAGGCCAGGCAGAAGACAUAGACAAGAAAAGCUCGAAACCUCAGACGACGAACGCUGGUAACAAAUUUUUCUCUUUUCUAACUCUCAGUAGAAGACGUUUCCCAGUGCCUCUCCCAGGAUCUCGUCGAUGCUCCCCUUGACAUCGACGUAGUCCUCGUCGUCCAGCAGCGCCACGAGCGACGCAUCAUCCUCGUCAAAGAUUUGCUGCUGCUGCUCAAAGAGAUUGGGAGGAGCUUCAUUGGCAGGAGGAGGAGGAGGAGGGAGCUUCUCGUCGACCGUCGUGUUCUUGCUCUUGCUCGAGCUCUUGGUCCUCGAGCUCCCGUCGUUAUACUUCGGAAUCUUGUUCUCGUGGUCGGGCUUCCAGGAGUAGUAGUGGAAAGUCUCGGAUUUUCCUUUGGGCUCGUUCUGGUCGACUUUGACCACCACCUGGGCUCCGCAAAGCACCGCGAGCUCGUAAGCCUUCUUAUACAGCCCGCCGUUGCGCUUCCGGAACGUUUGCUUGCGCGUCGUCUGGUUCUUGAUGAACGCGAUCUGGAUCUUUUGCU